AAGUCUCUUGAUGUCACUGCCUACAGAGUGUUGUUGGACAUCAAUAACUAGGUUGUUUCGAGGAUGGCGGGUAAUGAUCAAGGUUGUUUUCAUGAAUGCCUGUGCUGCUAUACUUCAUUGUGAAACUCUGUUUCUUUUUGUUUUCCCCCUUUGUGCUUGUGUGUGUGUGUUGUAGGUAGGGGUGAGGAGUAGGUUUUGUUGUUCCAUUUUUUAAGUAAAUAUACCUUCACCUGCUAGCUUGAACAACCACAAAUCCUGCCAUCAAUUGCCAAUUAUGAGGAGAAAACAGAAAAGCUACAAUGUGGAUUCUCUCUGUAUAAAAUACAAUUCACUAUUUUAUGAAUGCCAUAUGCUGGUAAUGUGUUCCUACCCAGAUUACAUUGAUUCAAACUCAUUAAGUUUAACAAGUUUAGGGAUUUAUGCAUCACGGGGAACAACUUUUGUCAUAUGUAGGAAGACAAACUUAUUUUGUAUUGAUGCUUAGUUGAUUUGUGUUAAAUGAAUUGCUUAUUGUAAUGAAUAUGCUUGCAAUAUUGUAAAGCCACAUCUUGAAGUCUAUUGAUGUCCUACACUAUGUAGGCAGUGACCAAUUGUUGUUGCUUAACAGGUCCCAUAAGUUCGUAUUUGCAUAAUUCUUGACAUGUUUCUCUUUUUUGGGUGGCAAAGGAGGCUUCGUUCUUUAUUCUGCAAUGCAUGAUACUGAUUUCGUUGAAUGGAAGAUUACCUGUUAUGUUCUUCUUGAUUAGUUCUCAGUCUUUUCCAUGGAUUUCAUAUUUCAGGAUUUCCGUCAGCUUCUUGAUGAAAAACUUGAACUAUCAUUGAAGUUGAGAGACUUAACUAUUCACUGGGUACAAGAAGGAUUUCAAGAAUUCUUCAGAAAACUCAAUGAGUGAUUCCUUUUUCUUUCAGGCAAGAGUAAGUCAGGUAGCCAAGAUCUAAGUUUGACGCAGGGAGUGCAAGGAGAAAUGGUCCUUCCUGGGAUUGUUCUUCUGCUUGCUCAACUAUCUCUUUUCAUUGAGCAAAGUGCUAUCCCAAGAAUUACCGAGGAAAUAGCUUCUUCCUUUUCUUUUGGUGGUGCUCGGGGUUAUGAGUAUGGCCCUGCUUUCAUCCCUGCAGUGAUUUGUCGCACCUUCCGGGUAGCUGGGGAGAAGUGCUUGGACCAUUAUGUAAGGUUAAGAACUCAAAAGAUAUCAGUUCUGUUGCGGACGAGGUUUUCAACACCAAACUGGGUUAAGCACAAGGAGCCAAGAGAGGUUCAUAUGUUUGUUGAUCUGCUGCUUCAAGAGUUCGAAGCCAUAAGAGGCGAAGUAAAGCAGAUUUUACCUCCAGAACUUAGCCGUAAACAUCGUCGUACAGACAGUAACGGGAGCACCACUUCUUCUCGCAGCAAUCCUUUGAGAGACAACAGAAUGAACCGGUCAAAUACCCAAAGGGCCACGAGCCAGCUACUGGAAUCCCAUCUAGCAAAAUUGUUUAAACAAAAAAUGGAGAUAUUUAGAAAAAUUGAAUUCACACAGGUUUGGUAGCAGUGCUUGUUGCUAGGUAAUUUACAUUAUUCCCACUGGUAAUAUAGCUAUUUUUUAGUUCUUUGUAAUGAUGAUGAUCCUUGAAGGACAUCAAGGACAUCAACAAAUCAAAUUUUCUGACUUUU